AACUAACACCCAAGUGACAACAUUUCGUAUGAUUCAAUAAGCGUUUAACCUUUCGUACGCAUUCACGUACAGUUCGCGUUUCUUAGUAAAAGUUGCAGAGUGCGUUGAUAGGCCAGAUUAGAUAAUUUGCGACAAAACACAACAAGUAUUGUGUGUGGAUUAUUGGCCUACGCAACAAAAAUUGACAGCGCACAGUAUAAUGUCAAUAAAAACUGCAAAGGCCUUGAAGAGAACAACGAGUGCAACUUCAAGAACAUAUAACAUAUACUUCCAUAUUUAAGAGUCGAUCUAUCGUAUAGAGAGAAUUAAAAUGAGCAAAAGAGAUAUUGACCAUAUCCACUCACAAACCCCAAGUGAGAGCCGUAUAAACGAUGAAUCUAUACUGACGACAUCGCCGGCGAGUUCUUUAGCGAACAAUCCUAACGAUCCCAUAGAAAGAAACAUUCUAGUCGAACAAGAUGAGGAACUUAAAAGGCAACAUGUGACAUCCAUGAUAACAAAAUCGAUAGCACACACCACUAUGCAUGGCGAGUUGUAUAAUACGUAUUUGGCCAUAUCGAUUGUUCUUCGGCAAUUCAAAAAGAAGAACCAGUUUAUUGUCGCCACAGAAGUGUCGGAAGCAGGAAAAUUCGACGACAUUUUAUACCACCACCAAUCGCCAAACGGAACCGGCACUUUGUGCAUACAAGCGAAGCAUAAAAAGACGGACGGGAUGUUCAUAAAGGUAAAGGAUCUAUGCGCUGCCAAUGGUAUGUACUCGGUUCCCACGUAUUUUUCAUCAUUUCUUGAGAUUGAUCCGGAACUAACCAAAGGUGAAUCUGAGUCCCAUAAAGAUGAACACAAAACUCAAUAUGCCAUUUGUACCAACGCUAAACUCGAUAAGAACGUCAAUGCCACGAAAAUCGAGCCACAGGAAGAUGAUACUUUACAGUUUUGUGACGAUAUACGAGCAACAUGUUAUCAGUUGCACCGUGACAUACCUGAGCUGACGGAAUGCUUAAAAAAAUCGUGUAAAGAUGUGUUUAAAAAUGAUUCAGAUUUUGAUGAGAAAAAGGACGAGUUCUUUAGUAAAUUUCUGCUUAUAUGUAACUCCUACAAUCACAAAGAACUACGUGUAAAAGUGCGGAACCUAUUGCCCGAGUGGUGCGAUGAAGCUCAACGUGAAUUAGUUAUUGAUAAUUUGGUGGGUUUACUGAAUAAUAACGUGUACAACAAGCCUCGUUACUACAUAACCCUCGAACGUAUACAACAAUGGUUUUUGGACAAAGAUUUCAACCAAAACAUCAGUGUUUUGAGGCGUCUUUCAGAAGAGCACUUGGAAUCCGUACAUAAAAAACAUCCUCAUAUUGAAGUAAAUCCGGAACGCUUAAAAGAGUUUAAGUUGUAUGAAGUUCUGAAGGAGUCUGGGCCUGGAAUUUACGAGUUUAACAGCACGCUUGAAUUGACAGUUUACUCUCGCAUUUUACUUGAAGCAUUAUCACUAUUACAAUAUGAAACAAUAUUUGUUGAUAGUGCAAAGUAUACAGAACAGCAAGAUAUGAAUGAUGUUCUCGAAGAUUUGCUAUCGUAUCUUAGAGAUGUAAAUCAUCCUACAAUCAAAAUCAUAACGAUACUAGGGAAACCCGAUUAUGUAUCCAUUAAUGAGCUAAAAGAAUUAUCAGACAAAUAUCGUCAAAAGAUCGUUGUUGUAGAACACAUUUCAGGAAGUCCGCAGGAUGACGAAAUUUCAGAAAGAAUUUAUGUGAAGGAUCUCUCAAAUGAAGCUUUGCAACAAUUGCAUUUGCAAAAUGAACGAAUGAUGUUUGGUACUACUACGCCACUGAUUGGAAUUGUGGAAGAAAAUGACGAUUUGAGCUUUUUAUUAAAUGUGUUGGAGUCUUGCGAACCAAAUGAGAAGUUAAUAGACCAUCAUUUAAAUAAGAUUAAUUAUGAAAAAAUUAAAUAUUGGUACGUUCAUCGCCGUUCUGAGCCACAUGAGCCGAAGAAACAGACAAAGACGGAAGGAAAAGAACAUUUUUAUGUUGAACAGCUUAGCGAAUCAGCGAUACUAGCCGCUCUAGACACGAACGUUGAGGAACCCGAUCUACCUGGUUUCCAAGAUGGCGAUAGUGGGAAGGUCUUUAUCUUCCUCAAUGAUGCAGGAUUUGGUAAAACAACCUACUUUACCUGGUUAGCCUGGCGUUUGGCAAGUUACGAUCAUUCCCUAUACGUGAUAAAGUUUAUCGCACUGGAAUUUUCGACCGAUUUCCAACGAUUGAGCAAUGUAGAAAACCUUGAUGAAACAGAAAUUGUGAGGCUAUUGUAUCGAUACAUCCAUUUGGCGCUGUUCGUAUCGAGUAUCAACAAACAUACGAUCAAAGAGACUGAUGGCUUUAGAGAAGAGGCCGAUCGUUGUGCAAAUCUUCUGACUGUUUCAGACGGCGAAAUAGUAUUGGAUGAAACGAAGACUAAAAGGCUAUCCACGAUAGAACUAUUUGAAUUGCGGUUGUUUAAGGAGAAGUUUAAUGAACAUAAACUCGUGUUAAUUCUAGACGGUUUUGAUGAAAUCGCGCCAUACUUUAAGGAUGUGGUAAUGAAGUGUUUCGGGCGAUUCUCACGUCUUGAUGGAGUGCGAUUGCUAUACCUCUCAAGUCGACCGUAUGGAUUUGAACAAGAAUUGAAGACAACUUUUGAAGAUUGUCGAAUGUAUGGAUUAAAGCCGUAUUCAGAGAAAGAUAAAAUUAUAUCACUUCACAUAUUUCUUGUAAAAAAAUUAUAUGGUUACGAGCGCUACGAAGAGAGCCAUCGGAACAAUAUUCUUAGGGUGCUGUUUCAUAUCAUCGACAAUGUUUUGAAAGACAUGGUAACUGUGCCAUUGUUGCUGUAUAUGGUGCAGAUUGCCUUAUUACCCGAGAUUAAGAGUUGUGUAAAUGAAAAUACACAAACAAUGUCGAAUCAAAUGUUGAAUGGCAAGAAACAUGAUAUACUCCGUGUGGUUGAACGUUUCAUUGACCACAAGCUAGAUAUUUUAUGCUUUGGAAAACAGGGCAUUACCGAUGCUGGUGCUAAUACGCAUACCGCCCAGGCAGGAAAAACGCUGUUCAAAAAGGAGUUAAACAAACAACACAAAUUGCUAGGCAUGUGCGUUAUUUUUGAUGCAAAAGAUAUAGAAAAACUGUUGUCUGAGAAGGAACGCAAGAGUGUGGAAGACGUAAUCAAGAAAGUGAACAAGGGCGACGAAAAAUCGGGAAUCGUUCUUGGAGUACAAGGUGGACUUCCUCAAUUUCUGCAUCGAAUUUUUGCAGAAUAUUUCUCUGCUUGCUGGUUGUUUGAAAACUGGAAACGUUUUAAGAGUGAGAGCAUUUUUCACUCUAAAUUGAUUUGGUCGAAUUCUUUUAGCAAAAUCCGCGAAUUUUUUGACCGGUUAAUAAUUAGGGAAAGCAAAGGUUGUGAUUUACACUUGGCGCUGGUGAACGACUCCUUUAAUCAGGUUGAAGAAAUACUGUUUAAUAAUCCUUCUGCUGUUACUGUUGAGGACAAAUUUGACCGUUUACCAUUGCAUUUGGUAGAAUACACAGGAGAUAUAAUCAUGGAGUCAAUAUUAAAGAAGAUGCCUCUUGAUCGUAUUAAUGCAAAGGAUAAGCUUUUUGGAUGGAAUGCUUUGGAUUAUGCAUUUUUUCGUGGAAAUUGGGAUUUAAUAGAAAUGCUCUUCAAAAGUGGUUUAGAACCUAACAUAGACAAUUUGAUCCAACAGGUGUGUUCCAAUGAUAUUUAUUCAUUACUUCGGAUGGAAUCUACGUAUAUGCACUAUUUGGAUUAUUGUAUGGAUCAAAAGGGAUUAGCAGACGUACUAAGCGAACGUGUGGCAAAGUAUCUAAUUGAAGAGAAAAAAAUAGAUAUAUAUGCUCCACUAGCUGAAUCAAAUUCUUCAUCGAUGUUGGAAAAAGUUGUAACUGAAGGCAGUAUUUCUAUGUUUCGUCAGUUAAUUACAAAAUCAGGUCCACAGAAGUUGGGUUUCAGCAAUCGUGCCAAGCGAUUGUUACAGCUAUCUUUAGAGAAAUAUAAAUUUGAAUUUAUUAAUUAUCUUGUUGAACAACAACCCUCUCUUGUGUUUCUUAUUAGUAAGGUUAAUGUAUUAUACUAUUGUACCCGACUUGCAAUUAAAAACAAUCAAAUAGAUUUGUUUAAAACGUUGUUCAGCAAAUUCUGCAGGGAACAGAAGAUCGAUUGUAUUGAAGAAGAUAACAUUAUCGACGAUUAUGAAGAUAAAAGCGAUAAUGACUAUGAGAAAUUCGAAAUAGAGCUUCCAUUUAAAGAUAGUUGCUGUUACGAAUUCUCAGACAACCCAUUAAAUAAAGAAAGAUUGUUGUAUGUAGCUAUAAACUAUGGCAACACACAAAUGGCUAGUUAUAUACUGCAAAAGACGAAAAUGGUUGUUACGGUGGACUUAAUUAUAGGGAUUAGGCGACAAACACGAAUAGAAAACCCCAAUAACAAUAAUCAUAAAAACAGUAUACCUACAUUCAAAUAUCUAAUUAAGAAGGUAUUCAGUCAGUGCCGUUCUACUCAAGAAAGGUCGGAUUUGUAUCUUAGGAUCGUUAAAGAUGGCUGCGUGUACAUGUUGCACAGCUUAUUUGCUAUUGGGUUUGAUCCAAACAGCAUCAAAAAGAUGAAUCAUUUUCAUGCUUUUGAACACCGUUUCGAAAAUCACUUCGAGCGGAAUACGGCCAAUAUAUUUGUGUACCUGCAACAAGAAUCGUAUGUAAAUUGUUUCAACGCCUUUGGUUCAAGAGAUAAGAGCAUUUUUGAUUUCGCAAUUGAAGAAAAUGAAUUUACAAUAGCAGAAGCGCUAGUUGUAGCUAAAUUUCGUGAUUUUUCUUCCUUAGAAAAAGAAACUGCUGUUUUGAAUUUACUGCACCAACAGUUCUUUAAAUGCGGAGGAAAGAUUAUUCACGAUUUUAUAAAAUCUCUUCUUGAGAGAAGCUCCAUUGAAUGUGAAAGUGAAAGUGAGAGGUGGCAUUCGGUAUAUUCCAGCGUUCACCAAAAGAUGCUGAAUGAAUUCAAUCUGAUUGAAAACAUUGUAGCAAGAGAGAUGAAAAGUUUAAUCAGAAAUAAAACAGACACAACCGAUUCUGAUGGAUGGACAGCUGCAUCGGAAAACAACGAAGAUUCAUUGCAAAAAGAAAUAAUGAAGCAGCACAUGCUGUUGGCCAUGUACGUUAUAUUUGAUGCAAAAGAUAGAGAAAAACUGUUAUCCCAGGAGAAACGGAAGCUUGUGGAAGAGAUAAUGGAGGAAGUGAAAAAGGAUGAUAAGAAAACGGAAAUCGUUCUUGGAGUACAAGGUGGAAUGCCUCAAUUUCGGCAUCGUAUUUUUGCAGAGUAUUUUUCUGCCUGCUGGUUGUUCGAAAAUGUGGAUCGUUUUAAGAAUGAGAGCAUUUUUCACUCUCAAGCGAUUUGGUCGGAUUCAUUAAGAAAAACGCGCGAAUUUUUAUAUCGACUUAUUCUUAAAGAAAGCAAAGGUUGCGAUUUACAUUUGGCGCUGGUGAACGGAUGUAUUGAUCAGAUUGCAGAAAUAUUGUGUAAUAAUCCUUCUGCUGUUACUGUCGAGGACAAAUUUGACCGUUUACCAUUGCAUUUGGUAGAAUACACAGGGACUAGAACGAUGGAGUCAAUAUUAAAGAAGAUGCCUCUUGAUCGUAUUAAUGCAAAGGAUAAGCUUUUUGGAUGGAAUGCUUUAGAUUAUGCAUUUCUUCGUGGAGAUUGGGAUUUAAUAGAAAUGCUCUUCAAAAGUGGUGUAGAACCUAACAUAGACAAUUUGAGCAAACAGGUGUGUUCCAAUGAUAUUUAUUCAUUACUUUCGAUGGCAUAUAUGUAUACGAACUAUUUUGUUGAUUGUAUGGAUCAAAAGGACUUAGCAGACGAACUAAGCGAACGUGUGGCAAAGUAUCUUAUUGAAGAGAAAAAAAUAGAUAUGUUUGCUGACUUACUAACAUCAUCAGUGCCGGAAAAUGUAAUAUUUGACUGCAGUAUUUCUAUGUUUCGUCAGUUAAUUGAAAAAUCAGCUGCACAAAAGUUGGGUUUGAGCGAUCGUACCCAGCUACUACUAUUACAGCUAUCUUUGAAUAAAUGCAGAUAUGAAUGUAUUAAUUAUCUUGUUGAACAACAACCCUCUCUUAUUUUCAACAUUAAUAAUGUUAAUGUACUAUAUUAUUGUGUCCGUUAUGCAAUUAAAAACAAUCAAAUAGAUUUGUUUAAAACGUUGUUCAGCAAAUUCUGCAGGGAACAGAAGAUAGAUUGUAUUGAGGAAGAUAGCAUUGUCGACGAUUAUGAAGAUAAAAACGAUAAUGACUAUGAGGAAUUCGAAAUAGAGCUUCCAUUUAAAGAUAGUUGCUGUGACGUAUUCGCUCGCAAAGAUCUAGAAUUCAAUAUAGAGGAAUUAUUGUAUGUAGCUAUAACCUACGGCAAUACACAAAUGGUUAGUUAUAUACUGCAGAAGUCCAAAAUGGUCGUUACGGUGGAAUUAAUUAUAAAGUUUAUGCGACAACCAAUAGAGAUUAAAUAUAUCAAUAAUCAUAGGAAAAGUAUACCUACAUUCAAAUAUCUAAUCAAAAAGGCAUUCGAUCAGUACGAUAUUAAUAAAAAAGGGAUCGCUUUAUUUUAUUUAACUAUUGAAUGGGGCUGCGUGUACAUGUUACACAGCUUGAUUACCUCUGGAUUUGAUGCAAGCGACAUCAAUAGGAAGAACGAUUCACGUUUUUUGGUACACCGUUUACGUAGCUCAAACGAACAGAUUACGGCCAAUAUAUUUGUGUAUCUUCAACAAUUGAAUGUGGAUUGUUUCGAUUCCUAUAACCCAAGAGGUGCAAGUAUUUUUGGUAACGCAAUUGGAUACAGGAGUUUUACAGUUGCACAAGCGCUAGCUCAAGAGAAAUUCCGCAAUCUUUCUCUUUCAGAAAAAGAAAAUGCUGUUUUGGAAUUACUGGACAUAAACUUGUUUCAUUACGAACAAGAGGUUAUCUUUGAUUUUAUAAAAAGUCUCCUUGAUAGAAGCUUAAUUUUAGGCGAUUUUGAUAUUUGGCAUUCAGUCUAUUCCUCUAUCUUUAAUCGCAUUCCGAUAGUCUGAUCUGCUAUGUUGGGACAUAUGGCCUAAGUUGCCGUUCUCGGAAAUCUUUGAGGCUUUCGAGCGAAAGCCCAAUACGGUGGAGUAAUAGAAGAAGGCUCAGGAUGCUGGAUUCCCCUAUGGAACCACCCAGGGUGCCUCGCAGAGUGCAGAAGAAGAAGAUGGUCUGCUCAAGCCAUCUCAGUUAACCCAAAGUAAUAAAACAGAGAUCAUCCGCAAGCGAGAAAAGAAAUGGACAGCGUCUUGACAUACAACUUACACGCGGAAUUGCAAUAUAUUGAGGGACUUGAGCGACAACUGAAAUAAACAGGAUAAAAUCGCCCAAAGUGUGGAAGCGCGGAAAAUAACCUAAACAAGGAAGGUCUCAGCAGGAUAACCUAAAAAAAUAUAACAAUUUAAAGAUGUAAACCAUAACCCACCAAAAAAUACAAUCUUUGUCUCUCCGUUCUUUCUUGCUUUUACAAUAGCAACACAAUAAUUGUAACAAGUAUUUUUAGAAUUAAUAAACACUUGUUUGACAAACCAGAGACGAAAGAAUUGCUGUGGAAUCGAAGUUCCUAUAAGACAUUAAAACAACAACUUUGUUUUACAAAACGGGUAUCAACAAGUCUUGAGAAGAAUCUGAAAUACAUACAUGUUCUGGCUAUCCAGAAGAAACGGCUACUCGUCUAACCCGAAGGCGGUCGAAAAAUACUAAUAAAUACAAGAACUCUACACUUAUGUAUAAGGUUUUUUUUCCGAUUUUGAUCUCCGUAAACUUCUGGUUAGCUGAAUAUUUUUCCUUUUCUUCAUUGUGUAAUUGUUCUUUAAUUCUGUUUUUGAUUUAAAUAAAAAAAAGUAUCCGAAAAGUAUUGUCAAUUUAACAACAAAUCGUUUCACUCGAUAAACAUUAUUUGUCUACCAUGCGAUCUUGUAAAUGGUGUGUGGUUUGUUUCCGAGUGUUUUUUUUUUCUUUUGUGAAUGGAAAUAUGUCAACCGCUGUCAGUAGCUGUCAAAAUAACCAAGACGAUGAAAAAAAUCGAAAUUUGCGGAUUGAUAAAAAGUGCGAUUUAUGAUUUUAAUGUAAGAACACUAUUAAUUACCAGUGCAAAGUGAUUUGGUCGGCGGUAAUAGUAGGGGAUAACCCGCUGGGGACAAUUUUAUGGUUCAGUGCGGUGACGGAAGCGUAAUUGCACGGUGCGCAAAUUCGCAGAGCGUGAAAAUAAAUUAGCUUCCAUUGCAGCACCACCGGAGACCCCUCCUAGUGGCUUCAUUGCGGAGGAGGUUUCGGUAGAAUUGGCCAAAAAACACGGCACAGAAGUGAGGCAAGCGAACCAUGUACCAGAGUGCUUGCAGUGCAGCUGCCGGUGGUUGCUCGGAACCGGAGCGCCAUGACCGGGAUGGUUUGAUAACGCACGAAACGGCUGUCGCUCCGGUGGAGCACGAUUACAGUGGGUUCGAUAUCGUGAAAGCAACACAGUACGGUGCGAUAGCACGCGUUAAAGAGCUCAUUGAAGCAGGUUGGGAUGUGAACCAGCCAGACAGCGAAACCGUAACCCUCUUACACUGGGCGGCGAUUAAUAAUCGUAAAGAUAUCAUCAAAUAUUUCCUCGAUAAGGGUGCGAUAGUCGAUGCGGUCGGGGGCGAACUGAAUGCUACCCCGCUCCAUUGGGCCACACGGCAGGGUCAUCUGGGUGCGGUGGUGCUGCUGUUGGCGGCUGGUGCAGAUCCAAGCCUUCGCGAUGCGGAAGGCUGUUCGUGUAUUCACCUCGCAGCCCAAUUCGGACACACGGCACUGGUGGCGUACUUUAUAGCGCGAGGGGUGAAUCCCGACUUGCAGGAUCGCGGUGGCAUGACGGCCCUGAUGUGGGCUGCCUGGAAGAUAUCCGCCCUGGAUCCGGUCCGUUUGCUACUAACGUUGGGCGCUAACCCAAGCCUAGCGGAUCACACGCACGGCAAUACGGCACUGCACUGGGCCAUCCUUGCGCGUAACGCAACCGCCAUCAGUACGCUUGUGUUGAAGGGUAAGGCAAAUAUGGAAGUGCCGAAUCUACGCGGUGACACCCCGCUCACGAUGCUUCAGCCGCACCUGGGUUCGAUCUGGAUCGGUUCGAAGGUGUCCGAUCGGAUCCGGGAACUCACGCAACAAUCGCACCGCCGGAACCUGCUCGUUCGCAUGACGCUCGACAAACGGUUCCGCUGGUGGAGCAUGAUAGCGACACCGUUUCUGGUAUUUUACCUGGUCGGGUUAGUCUUCUGUGCCGAUACGCAGAUCAUCAUCAAAAUUUUCCUGCUCGCCUGUCUGUACAGCGUGUCGUACACGAUUGGGCAGCAUCUGUUCGACGAAAACCUGAUGGCGCUGCUACCGUUGAGUGUGUACAUGGCCACCAAGCUGUGGUUCUACGUUACCUGGCUGACGUAUAUCGCACCAACCGUUUCGUUCCUCGCUUCGAUGGCGUUCCUUGCCUGCAGUGCGGCGUUGUGGGUUUGUUUCCUGAAAUCUUGGCGCGGUAAUCCCGGUGUCAUCCAACCGACACAAGAGCAGCGGUUUAGGACCAUCAUCGAACUUUCGGAGCGCGGUGCAAGUGGAUUUGAACCGUCGGCAUUCUGUUCCGCCUGUCUAGUCCGGCGACCGGUACGCUCGAAGCACUGUUCCGUGUGCGAUCGGUGCGUAGCCCGGUUCGAUCAUCACUGUCCGUGGGUGGGCAACUGUAUCGGUGCUAAAAAUCACAAAUACUUUAUGGGAUUCUUGUGGAUGCUUCUAAUCAUGUGUGGCUGGAUGUUGUACGGCGGCUCCAAUUUCUACGUACAAACAUGCUCUAUCAACAUGGACGAUGGUUUAUGGUCCGCCCUGCAAGCGAUCGGUUCCUGCAAUCCUUGGGUCGGUUGGGUGAUGGGUAAUGCCCUGCUGCACAUGUCCUGGGUCACGGUGUUGACCAUCUGUCAGAGCUAUCAGGUCGUGUGUCUCGGUAUGACGACCAACGAGCGUCUGAACCGUGGCCGGUACCGUCACUUCCAGGCGAAGGGUGGAAAGAGCCCGUUCAACCGAGGUCCGUUGAAAAAUUUGUUCGAUUUCCUCGAGUGCAGUUGUUUCGGGCUGGUGCAACCACAGCGUACCGACUGGAUGCAGUUCUUCGAGUUUGAUAAGCACGUGGAGCACGAACCAUUGCUGCGACCGGACAACUUUCAGUACGUCUGAGUGCCGGUCAACACCGGGCAGAACCAACGUGCAGGACCACAAUCGACGACAACCGUUGAACCCGCCGACCGGCAACCGGAACCGGAAGCGUCCACCGAACACGGAGCGCGAGCUGGCAACGUUGCUGCGGAACGAAACCAUCAGCACAAUGUUAAAGUGUGGCCGAAAGACGAAACUGUACUAGCAGCGCCAGCGAACAGAGUGAUCGAUGUGUAAGGCAGUAAGCUUGUGCAAGCGUGACACGCUUUUCGCUUCGUUUUGUUUUUGUUUUUGCAAACAUUGUGAUACAUUGUGUUCUGUAUAUCGCCUCGUACGGAACUCAUCAUGUAUGGUAUGUUCAGGGACACGGUACCGAUUUAUCAGUCAAGCCGGGAUCGGUGCAUUUAGAAGGGACGGUUUUUGUUUAGUAAUUCACUUCGCUUCAUAAGAUUCGUGGCGCUAGAGGGCGAUCGUUCAUUUAUGUGCGCGCCAGUAUUCGUAUCACUUUACUAUCAUUUUAAACAUUGUACGCAUAUAAGAGUAAGAGUGAAAAGGCUUUAGAUAGGAGUUAAGAAGAAUAUGGAGAAAAACAAAGUCGUGUAUGAAACGCUUAAAGUGAACAGAACAAAAAACCAAUUAAUUAUUAAAAAAAAACAA